AUGUACGACUGCUUCAAUAUGGCAUAUCAAGAUAAUGCAAAUGCUCUACAAUUACAUAUAAAAAUAAACAGUGAAAAUUUGAUACCAGUCCCACAGAAAAACAAUGCUGGAUCACUACGUAUACCAGCCGAUCCUUCUUGGCCUAAAAUACCGCAGCGUAAAUUAAUUGAUGAUGUUGAUGAUACUAUUGAACCUCCAUGUAUAAUUACAUUAACUGGAACUCCUAGAAGGAGUCGUACUAUAGUUCAAACACCUCUAAAUCAAUCUCCUAAGUCUACAGUAACUAAAGAUAGUGCAUAUUCUUCCUUUCAUCAUCAAAAAGCUGCUUCAAGUUUAUACAGUUUGAAGAAAUUUCCUGGUUAUACAGAUCCUCGUUUUAAAAAAGUAACAAAUAUUAAGAGAAAUCAAGUUACAUCAACUGAAUCAUUACAAAAAAACGAUCAAUCUAUUAUUACUUCUACAGAAGGUUUAAAUAUAAAAGAGAUGGAAAAAUUAACAUUUGAAAAAGAACAAAUUAAAAUUCAAGAAGCACAAAAAUCUCAUGAAGAAAAAAAAACUGAAUUAAUAGAAAAUCAUGGAGAAAAUAUUAAGUUUAUCAUUGACAAGGAAUUGCUUUUAGAACAAAAAAGUUCUAAAAAUAAUUUUGAAUCAAAAAAACAAGAUAAUAUUUCAGAUGGAAAUGAAAAUGAAAUUAUAGAAAAAAAUAAAUAUGUAAAAAAUUUAUAUUCUUCUGAACAUAUAUCAAAAUUAGCUGUUAAUGAUGCAAAUACUCAAGUAGAUAUUACUUCUUUACCAGUGCAAGAAAAUAAUGGACAGUUGUUUUUUGUGUUAGACAAAAAACUACAGUCACAUGCUUUAAAUGCAAUACAUGUUGACACAAUCACUGUACCUCAAGAAUGUAUAAAUCAAUGCUAUAAUGUGCAACUUCCAGUUCUUACUUAUCAAAACAUACCAAUGCAAGUAUCUUCUACAGGAACAAAUAAUGUAAUACAGCAAUGUUUAAAUCAUUUAGAACACAAGAAUCAAACUAAAACUUUACCUUUAAUGAAGAAAGAGUCAGAACAACAUAUUCAUUCAAAUCAAGCACAGAAUGAAAAUAGUUUUUCAGAUGCAGAUGAAAAAAGUAUUUAUGAAGAGAAAAAUACUACGUUAAUACAAAAUAAAAUACUUGAAGAAAAUAAAAAAACUUGUUUUAAACCAGAUUUUUCAGAAAAUCUAAUUACCUCUGAAAAAUUGCCAAACUUAAAUAUUCAACAUGCACAACAAGAAUCUAGCGAUUCUGAAUAUUAUAUUCCAAAUAUAAAUAAAAAAAAUACAAAUAAUCAUGUUUUCCAAUGUUUAAAAAUGAAAAAAAUUACAUACAAUACAACUUGUGAAGAAACAACAGAUUCUGAAUUUGUUACAAAAAAAUUUAUUCAGAAAAAAGAAUUUAUUGAUGCAAAUGAAUUUACAAACAAAGUUAAUAAGAUUAAUACUGAUACUAUACAUGAUAAUAUUAAAACUCCAGUUUUAAAUCAUGAUCAAGUAAAUCAUUUAUCAAAAGAAAAUGAAUAUUUUCAAUCAGUACCUCAAUCUAAUAUAAUUGUUAAUAAUCAAAAUCAAUCCUUAUAUCAAAAUUACAAAGCAAAUAUCUAUGAAACAAGAGGAAGAAAUAAAUCUGAGCAAUAUUUACCUUGUAUAAAAAAUGAAUGUACCAGAAAACUUUGUCGCAAUUCUGAACCAUAUAUUACAUUUAAACAAAAAAAAGCAUCAGCUAGAUUUUCUAGAAAAGCUAAAUCUUAUUUUCAAAAAAAUUCUCAUUCAGCAUUAAUAGAUUCUGAUUAUACUUUAGUAUGGCCUAAUUGUCAAUAUAAUAAAUAUAAACGUAAUCAAACGAACAUUCAUAAAUUCGGUAAUCAUAAGACAAGAAAAAUGAGUCAACACUUUAAUCCUGUUCCUGUACAAGAACAAAAUAUGUGUACGCAAAUUGAUAAUGUCUCAAAUUUCAUUGAAAAUAAUUAUUUGCAAAACAACAAACAUAUAAUUUCAAGACAAGAUAUUACUAAAAGUUUGUCAAAAAUAUAUUUGCAAAGAGAACGUUGCAAAUAUGAAACAUCUCCAAGAUCAAAUAUAGAUGAUAUAUUUGAAAGAUCAAAAAGAAUUUCUCCAAAAACCCAAGAAUUAUUAAAUAAAAGUUAUUGGGAAUACUACAAUAGAUUGAGACAUAAAAUAGAGAACACAAGCAGUAUUGAACAGCAAUAUCCGUAUAAUUUAACAGUGGGUAUAUCUGAAAAAGGAAAACAGGGAAAAACAAAUGAAGUAUAUGGUAAAGAAUUAAAAAAUCAGUUAAAAAUUAAUCCUGAACUGCAAACAUUACAACAAUGUACAGCUCUUUCUACUGCCAUAAAUAAGGCAUUAGAUUCAAAUCUUGAAUCAAAUAUUAUGCAAACAAAACAAUUAUAUAUAAAUGAUAAUAUCAAAGCAAAUCACAAAGAUGGUAUACAAAAUUCUAAUACAAAAAAGAUUUCACAUUUAAAUAGUAAUGAACCUAUAGUUAAUAAAUUAAGAUAUAAUGGGAAUAAAAAUGAUAAACAGUUUUUGGAACUUAAAUCUAUUAUUUUUUUUGGUGGUAUGAUGUAUAUUCUAAUAAUAUUUUUACCAAUGUUGUACGAUUAUUUUUAUUACGAAGAAUACGAUGAUUAUGAAAAUUUAAGUUAUUUGGAACUGGUAGUGGAAUAUAUUUUAUCUUCAUUUCAAGAAGCAUUUGGUGGUAUUUUUAAUGGUGUAAGACAAAUUUUUUUCUAUCCACAUGCAUGUAAGAAAUGUACCAAUAAUGCAUAA